AGGAACGAUUAUUUUAAUUAAUCACUCAAUAAUAUUAUUGGGGAAGUCUAAAACCUAGUAGUCUAGAAGUAGAAUAAUAACGGCUCCUUCCACUGUUGGUUUCACUAACCUUCAAACUUUUCCGAGAUCUCACCUUGACACUCUGAUGCACUGUGUUAAACCCAUCUUUAACUUACAUUAUACGUUUUAUCCUACGGUGAUGUGUUGUGAUAACGUUGCUUAGGUGAAACAAUAAUAUUCAGAAAUUUCGUAACUUUGUUUUGGAUGAAACCUCAUGUUAUAACGAUCACGAGAUGAAGUAGGACAUAAACAACUCAUAAAUAAGAGAAUUACUGUAUAUUCUGUUCCACAUUGACGCAGGAAUUAAAAAUUAUUUUAGUGAAAUGGACAAAUUCACUUCAUUUGAAUCGGUUUAUAGUGAUGAACAAAACAAGUUGAUUGAGAGGGAGUUUCAAAGAAUAAAAGAUGAGCACUUCUUGGACCAUGCUGGAGGAACUCUCUACUCUGAGAAACAGGUGGAUAAUAUUAUGACAGAUCUGAAACAAUCUCUAUUGUGUAACCCGCAUGGCAAAAAUUUUCCGAGCCAGAAAACUGAGGACGCUAUUGAUAUUAUUAGAUUUAGGAUCCUCCAACACUUCCAUACAAACUCCGAAGAAUAUACUGUUAUAUUCACCGCAAACACUACAUCCUCCUUGAAACUCAUAGCUGAAAAUUUCGAUUUUAAAUCCCAAAAUGGGCAGAAAGGUGUUCUGGCGCACCUGGAAGACAAUCACACUUCUGUUCUGGGGAUGAGGAACUACAGUGAAGUUACGAGAUGUGUAACAGUUCAAGAAGCCUUCGAUUUCUUAGGAGCGUCUGUGAUAAAAUACGUACCUCACCAUGUGAACACUAAAUCCCUCUUCGUUUAUCCAGCUCAAUGUAACUUUUCCGGCACAAAAUUUCCUCUGGAUUGGAUUGAAAGGAUUCACAAUGGCCAACUCAACGUUAUUGAAGGAUUGAAUUCGGGAAGUUGGUAUGUUCUUCUCGACGCCGCAACUUUUGUGGGCUCUAAUGAUUUGGAUCUGUCCACGUACAAGCCGGAUUUUGUAACAUUUUCAUUUUAUAAAAUGUUCGGUUAUCCCACUGGUGUAGGAGCUCUUCUAGUAAGAAAUGAAAGUCAAAAAGUAUUACUUAAAAAGUAUUACGGUGGAGGAACUGUAUUGAUGGCCCUAGCAAGGGAGAACGAGGCUAUUCUGAAAACUUCACUCGCAGAAAGGUAUGAAGACGGUACUCUGCCCUACUUAUCAAUUUAUUCCUUGAAUGAAGGUUUCAACACAUUCAUUAGACUGAAAUUAACAAUACAAUCAAUUUCAAAACACGUAUUUAAUUUAGCCAAAUAUUUCUAUACGAAUUUGAUCACGUUACAUCAUGCUAAUGGAAAACCAGCUGCGAUUCUUUAUCAUGACACCACAUUUCAAGAUGCCCGUCAUCAAGGUGGGAUAGUUAACUUCAAUUUGGUUAGAGAAAAUGGCGAAUUUAUUGGUUACUCUGAGGUAAUGCAGAUGUUGAGCUUAAACAAAAUUCAUAUACGCACAGGAUGCUCAUGUAAUCCUGGAGCCUGCCAACGUCAUUUGAAACUCACAUCAGAUGAUAUCAGAAGACACUUUCGUGCUGGACAUGUUUGUGGUGAUCAGAACGAUCUAGUAGAUGGUGUCCCAACCGGUUCAGUGCGCGUGUCAUUCGGCUAUAUGUCCACAAAAGAAAAUGCUGACGCAGCUCUGAGGGUAAUUGAAGAUUGUUUUGUUCAGAAACCAAUAAUAAAAAAACUACCGCAGAAUUGGACAGAAUUGUCAGUAAACUAUGAAAACAGAUUCAGGUGUAAAAGUAUGAAAACUAAAAAUUCACAAUUAAAUGAAUCGCAGCUGAAGAUCCAAGGGCAGAAAAUACCAACUAUAAGUAAAAGCUUGGCAUUAAAUGCCGGGGACGAUAAGUUUGUGACAGGUGUUCUAAAAUACAUCUUUCUAUAUCCAGUGAAAUCGUGCGGAGCUCUUGAAGUGCCAAAAAGUUGGAGGAUAUCCAGUUCUGGGUUGGAAUAUGAUAGAAAAUGGAUGAUUGUGAAUAGUGAUGGAGCUUGUUUAUCACAAAAACAUAAUCCAAAAAUGUGUCUGAUCAAACCAUUCAUAGAUCUGGAGAGAAAAAUGCUGAAAUUGGAAUUUCCAGGUGAGGAGAGCAUCACUUUGCUAUUACACGACCCAGCACGUAAAAAACUGAGUCAAUGUGAAAGUAAAAUAUGCAGAGAUAGAGUGAUUGGAUACGACUGUGGUGAAAUCGUGAGCAACUGGCUGAAUAAAUGUUUGGGAUGUAAAGGACUGAGAUUAAUUCAACAAACUGACCACCAGAUUGCUAGGGUGAACACACAAGGUCAACAUCUCCAGCUAUCUUUCGCAAAUGAAUCACAGUAUCUUAUGGUGAACUUGGCAAGUGUGAAGUGGCUGAGGGAUCGUGUGAAAAAAAACGACGAAAUGUAUUCGGAAGAUUUGAAAUCUUUGGUCCUCAGAUUUAGGCCGAAUAUAGUGAUCGAUUUCGAUGAACCCUUCGUGGAAAACGAAUUGGAGUGUGUUGAUGUUGAUACAAUAUCUUUCAAAACAGUCGGUAGCUGUGCAAGAUGUCAAAUGAUUUGUAUAAAUCAAGUGAACGCUCAGAAAACUAAGGAACCACUAAUAACCCUUGCUAAGGAAUUUCAUGGCAAGGUUAAAUUCGGAGUUUAUCUGGGAAAUGUAGAGUCCGAAGGUACAAAGGAUACCGUUUAUUUAGGAUGCGAUGUGCUAGCAAAGAGGAAGAUGUCCGAUGGAUAAAACUACACCCAAACAAUUAUUCCAUAAAUUCCG